AUGUAAAACAUCAAUCCAGAAUCUUCUAUUGAUAAUUCGAUUUCAAAAUAUCCAGAAUUACCAAAUUUUGGUUUAAAGAGAAAGAAUACAAAAAAGUCAUCCAGACAAAUCCACAAAAUACCAAUAAGAAUCUAAUAAUUAUUAUUCGUCUAAGUUUUUUAAGAAGGUAAAUAAAUCAAAGAAGUUGCUGACAAUCUAAAACUUAACUAUUCUAGUGCUAAAUCCUUAAUACAUUAUUAUAAAAACAAUAAAAGACCUGUUCCUUUCUAAGUGGCAGAUGUACUAAAUGGAAAAAAACCAUGCCUUUACAAAAGUAUGCAGAAUUACUAGAAUGAAUAUAAUAAUCUAAAAAUAGAAGUUUGGCUUAAACACUAAUUUAUUUAAGCCUAUAACUUCUUUGAAAGAAUCAAAACACAAGAAUAACUUUAUACAAGUAAAUGUCUUUAAUAAUAAUCAUUUAUUUUUGGAAAUGAAUGA